AUGUUAAAGGAACGACGUUUAAAACUGAGGUCCGGAAUUACAUACGCAAUUAAAUAUAGAUCGAAAUUAGACGACCCUUUAAAUUACAAGAUCACUUUAUUAAGGGAGGAUAUAAAAAAUAGGCCUUAUCAUGUUUUUGGUUCUCAUGACAAGUGUGCUAAUUAUUUUUGUGAUGGACCUAAACCCGGGGAAAGAAAUAUAAUUUCCGAAAUGGAAAAUUGUGGACUUUGGCAAGAUAUUUUAUUUUGGGAGCAAGAAAUUUAG